AUGGAAUCGGUCCGUAAAGCCAGACAACGUUUGCGGAACUAUCCCAUUCUUUUAGGAAAAUGUGCAGAAUCAGCUACAGCCUAUGCAGCGUGCGUAUCGCGGGACUUGAAUGUUCAACACAAAAUUUGUGACAAAGAGUUUAAAUUGUUUAAAGAUUGUUUGAUGAAUGCCGCCAAAGAAAUGAAAACAAAAUUAUAAACUGCAAACAAAACAACAAUCAAAAGUCCAAGGGUUACAGAUAUUUUUUAUUGGAAUAUCCAAAUAUUAUUGGAAUAUUAUCCAAAA